AUUAUAAUCAAACAAAACCUACCGAAACGAAAAUGGCGUCAGGUAGCGGGAACGAGAAGACAAUCACCUUGAUAACCGGAGACGGCAAGUACGUCGAAGUGGAGGAGAAGGUCGCCAUGGAGUUCGCCACCGUCAAAUCCUUUUUCGAGGAUAAUUCCGAUGCGUCAUCGACUAAGAAGUUCACGAUACCUGUCCCCAACGUCUCCGCCGAAAUGUUGGAGCGGAUUGUCUCCUAUGUCAGCGGCAUCCUCCCGCUCCGAUCGAAGACUGACGGAGAGAGGGAGAUCGAAGAAUACAACCGUGCGUUUGUGGAGCAGCUGAGCCUGGAGAACUUGAAGGAUAUGGUGUUGGCUGCAAACUAUCUCGACAUCAAGGACCUGCUCGAUUUGCUUUGUCAGAGCGUGGCCGAUGGACUCAAGGACAAGAGCGUGGAGUUUGUGAGGACGUUCUUCGGGAUCGAAAAUGAUUAUACGGAAGAGGAGGAGGCUGAGGUUUGGAGGCAGAACGCUUGGGCUUUUGAGAAUGUAGAUCCUGAUUCUUAA